CGGAACGGAACACCACCCAAGCAAUGUAUAAAAAUGUCAGAUAUGUCAGCACAGAACUCGUAGCACAUUGUGUUCAUUUGUAUUUUCUUACAUUUAUUUCUAUAUUUCAGUGAAAAACUUACAAUUUUCUAAAGUUAUUACAAUUGGUAUAUGUAAUAUGAAGCCAACUAUUUAAGUGGGAGAUUUAAUUCUAUGGAAUUCGUCUUGAUAUUUCAAAGGCCAACAAACAGUAGACGAAACCACAGUCCGAAGUUCAGAAGUAUGCAUAGAAAUGAGGAGAUGUGAAUGCCGUAACCGUACAGACGGGGGAGGCUCGGGGGGCUGCCCCGGGGAUGACCGGGACCCUCUGAUAAACUCCCCUAUUAUCUUGCAGGAGGAGCCCCACGAAAAUCCUAACCUUUCGUGCGGCAUCUGCACGAUGUUCCCUUCGUGCAUGUCGCUGCUGCCGCGCCGCAGCGAGCCGCGCCCGCCGCGCCCCGGCCAGGCGCCCGUCCUCCUCAACGUCUACGACAUGUACUGGACCAAUUGGUACACGGCAGGCGCGGGUGUGGGCGUGUUCCACAGUGGGGUACAAGUCCACGGGUCGGAGUGGGCGUACGGUGGGCAUCCGUACGCGUUCACGGGAGUGUUCGAAAUCGCGCCGCGGGACGAACGGGAGUUGGGGGAACAGUUCAGGUUCAGACAGAGCGUGCACAUCGGGUACACGGACUUCAGCGAGGAGGAGGUGCGCCGGCUGGUCUCAGAGCUCGGCAAACAGUUCCGCGGUGACAGGUAUCAUCUUAUGAAUAAUAAUUGCAACCAUUUCACGUCCGCAUUCUGUUUGGCGUUAUGUGAACGCGACAUCCCCGCGUGGGUUAACCGUCUUGCUUACGUCAGUUCCUGUGUACCCUUCCUACAGAGAUGCCUGCCCAAAGAAUGGCUGACGCCGGCGGCGCUGCAGCACUCCCUGGCGGCGCACUCCCGCUCCUCUUCACCCAACACGCCGCAAUAGCACCCCGGCCGGCCGCGGCGCCGCCCUCACAAGUGUUGUGCGUAGUUACAUAGACUUUGACAAUUGUUCUGGCGCAUUGUCGAAUUAUUACUGUAUGACUACUCGUGAUUCAUACCUCUUUGCUCCAUACAACAAAAUGGCGACUGUGAUAACAAAACAUUUUUUUUAACUGACUAGUAAUAAAAAAAUUGUGUUCUGUGAAAAUUAUACUUUAUUUCCUACAAAAUUUGUAGUGAUUAUUAUAAUUAUUAAAUAGACAAUUGUAUGUAAAUUUUCAACCGCCAUUUUUGUUCCUUUAAGCAAAGAGGUUAUGUAAUUUUUUAAUAUGUUAUUGUAGUUGUUAAGUCUUUAAACGAAAUACAAUUGUGUAAGUUUGUUAAAUAAAUCUACCUAAUAUUGAGUGCCUUGGAGUGAAAGGGAUGUGACUAGUUUUUAAUAUGUGUAUCCCUUUCCUCUGCAAAACAUGGCCGCCACCGUUACAUAUGCUUGCUUCACUUCGUUACGUUGGUUUUGUUAUAAAUUAUAAUCUGCGUCGCUUUUGACAAGACAAUUUAAAACCAAAUGUCAAGAUGACAUCUGUCAAAUCUGACAGCUAAUCUAAAGACGUCAUUAUUAAUUUUCUUUAUUGUCUUUUUUUGAAAUGAUUUCA